CAACACAGGUGAGGUCACGGAUACGGCAUCACAGCUGGACAGUACGAGCUGAGGACUGCUGACCGUCUGCUGUCACGUCCUGAAAACGAGUCCGUUUUGAUUCUCUCGAAUAUUAAAAGGGAACUAACGCCGUGUCGAGGAUAAAAGAGAUAUAAGAGGAACUACAGCAUGUUCACUUGGGUAAAUAAGGAACAGGGUGGUAGGAACAAAGAAGGCGACAUGUUUCAGACGGUGACAGAAGGUCUUCAAAGUCUUUAUACUAAGAAACUGUUGCCUUUAGAGGAAACGUAUCUUUUCCAUGAGUUUCACUCACCGGCGCUGGAGGAGGCGGACUUCCAGAGCAAACCCAUGGUGCUGCUGGUCGGACAGUAUUCCACUGGGAAAACCACCUUUAUUCGAUAUCUUCUAGAGCAGGAUUUUCCAGGGAUGAGAAUCGGCCCAGAACCAACAACCGAUGGAUUCAUUGCUGUGAUGUAUAAUGAGAACGAGGGGGUUGUACCCGGCAACGCCUUGGUUGUUGACCCCAAGAAACCGUUCCGCAAGCUCAAUGCAUUUGGAAAUGCUUUCUUAAACAGGUUCAUCUGCUCACAGAUGCCUAACCAGGUUCUACAGAGCAUUAGCAUCAUUGACACCCCAGGAAUACUUUCUGGAGAGAAGCAGCGCAUAAGCAGAGGCUACGAUUUCUCUGAGGUUCUGCGUUGGUUUGGAGAGCGGGUGGACCGCAUCAUCCUCCUCUUUGAUGCACACAAACUGGACAUAUCUGACGAGUUUUCUGAAGCGAUCAAAGCUUUCCGCGGACAGGAUGACAAAAUCCGUGUGGUGCUGAACAAGGCCGAUCAGGUGGACACUCAGCAGCUGAUGCGGGUUUACGGCGCGCUGAUGUGGUCACUAGGAAAGGUGAUCAAUACCCCAGAGGUGGUAAGAGUCUAUCUGGGAUCUUUUUGGGCCAAACCUCUCCAAAACCCAGAAAACCGUCGCCUGUUUGAAGCUGAAACACAAGAUCUCUUCAGGGACAUCCAAAGUCUGCCUCGUAACGCUGCGCUGCGUAAACUGAAUGACCUCAUCAAAAGAGCUCGUCUUGCUAAGGUGCAUGCUUACAUCAUCAGUUAUUUGAAAAAGGAAAUGCCCACUUUGUUUGGAAAGGAGAAGAAGAAAGAGGAACUGAUCGCCCACCUUCCCGAGAUCUAUCAGCUGCUGCAGAGGGAGCAUCACAUCUCAGCUGGAGAUUUCCCUAACGUCAGUAAAAUGCAGGAACAACUUCUACACUAUGACUUCAGCAAAUUCCCUUCCUUUAAAGGGAAGUUGAUUGAAUCUGUGGACAGGAUGCUGUCCACCAAGAUCUCAGGUCUGAUGAGCAUGAUCCAAGAGGAGGAGAGCAAACGGCCAUCUCAAAUGGUAAUGGGCGGAGCUUUCGAGGACUCCAGCGAGGGGCCAUUUGGCCACGGUUACGGGGAGGGUAUCAGCGCAGGGGCCGACACUGAAGAUUGGAUUGUGAGUCGCGAUAAGCAUCGCUAUGAUGAAAUCUUCUACACCUUGAUGCCUAUUAAUGGUAAGGUGACAGGUAUCAAUGCCAAGAAGGAGAUGAUGAAUUCUCGCCUACCCAACACUGUACUGGGAAAGAUCUGGAAGCUGGCAGACUGUGAUAAGGACGGGAUGCUGGAUGAUGAAGAAUUUGCAUUGGCUCAACAUCUUAUUAAGAUCAAACUGGAAGGCUUUGAGCUCCCCACAGUGGUACCAAGUCACCUAGUGCCUCCGUCGCACAGGAAGAACACCACUGCGGAUAUUUUAUACAACCACCAGGAGGAUUGAAUGCUUUAUCAAUUUCUGUCCAUUUAUAAAGGUGCCUUAUUAAUCUGAAUAUAUUUCAUUCAGCUGCUAAAACAAGGGGGCUGUAAAAUCAGAAAGAAGAAAUAGAAAGGUUUGAAAGGGAUGAAGUUGUAUUGCUUACGCCAUGUUUAAGGUCUAAAUUAAGCCUUAAUAUCACACAAUGAAAUAUGCCAAAGAUGAAUAAGUAGGUUUAAAUUUAUUGCUGCAGAACUGAAUGCAUAAUGUUUGCAAACUCAGUAUGUAAUAACACUUAUCCACUUAUAUAAAAUACUUAUAUAUGAAACACCAUCAUAGAGGUCACAGACAGAAUAAACAUCUAUCCCAGUCGUUGUGAAACAAUAUACCUGUACACGCCCUGAAUGUUACUUGGGUAAUUCAUUAGUUUUGCAGCACAAUAUUACAUUUUCCAUUUAAAUCUGGAUUCAAGGUUUUCCUUGAUUUUUUUAGUUAAAGUGGAAAAUAAUUUUUGAGAUAUUUCACACUGUGUGUUAGAUAAUGUUCUGGGUGAUUUAUGUUCUGAAUUUACUUUAAUGACUUAAUAAAAUGUAGAUGUUUACUUCCCAUUAUAUGGUGACAUGGAUUAAAGAAAAACUUUUCCCAUGUUAUUUUCAAUGUCUGUAUAAUAUUUUUGUCUGACACUAAAGUCAAGAAAUCCACUGAAGUCAAUUAUUUCUAUUAGAAUACAGAAAGGGAAAUUUUAUCAAAAAAUCAUUUCAGUAUUAAAGAGAGACAUUAGUCACCCAAUAUCACAAUCACACCCACUGUUGUUUUUGAUAUGGAGCUUGUUUCAGGGAUCAAAGCGUUUUCUUUUCCGUAUAAUAUUUUUCUUUAAAACAUAAUUGUACUUUAUGUAUGUUUGGGUUAAAUAUUGUGACAAACAUUACUGACAGUAACUGACAUUUUUGCCUUUGAGAACAUAAAAUUGUUACAUUGUUAAGGGAUGAAAAAAUGGUUAUACGAUAAUAUCAGUUUUUUUAUUAUAACUUCAUUGUAAAUACAACAAUUGUGUAUGUCAGUCACCGUUACACUAUAUUCAUAUGUAUAUUUUAACUACAAUUGAUUAUAGAUAAUUAUUGUGAGAGGUGGAUGGUAAUAACUGGACUGUGCACCUGUUUGACAUGGGGUCACUUCUUUUGGUUCUGUCCUCAACCCGAAUGAUUUGUGUUUUUGUGCAAGAAACUAGUGACAUUAAGAUUAGGCUACUGUAAAAACAUUGCAGCCACUGUUUUAGGCACUUCUACUACGUAUGUUUGAAAUUAGACUUUGCAUCUAAGGUGUUUCAACAUAUGGUUUAAUGAGCCUUUAAAAUGUGUGGUAAUGUAUCUUUCAGCCACAUGUUAAUGUGUAAUUCACUGUAAAAAGAUGACAAAUUGAUAUACCCUUCUAUAUGGUAUAAGGGAAUUUAAUAAAUAACAUUUUAAAUGGAAA